GGCGGCGGGGUGCGAGCCGGGGAAGUUUGGGCGACCGCUGCCGCUGCUGCGAUCCGAGCCAGGCUCGAGCCCUGAGGACGAGGGGACGGGAGGACCGGCUCACGGACGCCCCGGGCCCGCAGUUGUCGUCUCGCGUCCUCCUGCCUGGAAAAGUGUUUAAGCUUCUAAAAUGUCAUCAAUCAAGCACCUCGUUUAUGCAGUUAUUCGUUUCUUACGAGAACAAAGUCAGAUGGAUGCUUAUACUUCGGAUGAACAAGAAAGUUUAGAAGUUGCAAUUCAGUGCUUGGAGACAGUUUUUAAGAUCAGCCCAGAAGAUACACACCUAGCAGUUUCACAGCCUUUGACAGAAAUGUUCACGAAUUCCUUCUGUAAGAAUGACAUUCUGCCCCUCUCAAACACAGUGCCUGAAGAUGUGGGAAAAGCUGACCAAUUAAAAGAUGAAGGUAAUAACCACAUGAAAGAAGAAAAUUAUGCCGCUGCAGUGGAUUGUUACACGCAAGCAAUAGAAUUGGAUCCCAGUAAUGCAGUUUAUUAUUGCAACAGGGCUGCUGCUCAAAGCAAAUUAGGUCACUACACAGAUGCAAUAAAGGAUUGUGAAAAAGCAAUAGCAAUUGAUUCAAAGUACAGCAAAGCCUAUGGGAGAAUGGGGCUGGCCCUCACUGCCAUGAAUAAAUUUGAAGAAGCAGUAACAAGUUAUCAAAAGGCACUAGAUCUUGAUCCUGAAAAUGAUUCCUAUAAGUCAAAUCUGAAAAUAGCAGAACAGAAGUUAAGAGAGGUAUCCAGUCCUAUAGGAACUGGAUUGAGCUUUGACAUGGCUAGCUUGAUAAAUAAUCCAGCCUUCAUUAGUAUGGCAGCAAGUUUAAUGCAGAACCCUCAAGUUCAACAGUUAAUGUCAGGAAUGAUGACCAAUGCCAUUGGGGGACCUGCUGCUGGAGUUGGGGGCCUAACUGACCUGUCCAGCCUCAUCCAAGCGGGACAGCAGUUUGCUCAGCAGAUACAACAACAAAAUCCUGAACUUAUAGAGCAACUACGAAAUCACAUCCGGAGCAGAUCUUUCAGCAGCAGCACUGAAGAACAUUCCUGAUUUGCAAAUGGUUUAUGGCUCUGAAGUAUUCACUGUAGAUAGUGGCCAAACAAAACAAAACAAAACACCACACCUGAUGUUUGAAAAUAAUGGAGAAAAGCCUCUUGUGUAUAUUCUUAAAGAAUAAAUCUGUUUAGAUAAUAGGUUUAUCACAAACAGACUUGAACAUAACAUGACUCCUUUGGAAAUGAAUAAUCAGUAGCCUUGUUAAGUGCCAAUACAGUACUUGGACAAGGUGCCAUUUCCAAAGUUUUAUCGUCAUAACUGUAUAUUAGACUUAAUAGCAGAGUAUAUUUAUUGAACAGUGGAGCUGUUUAUUGGUGAGUUCUUUAGCUCCAAAUUCCCUUAAGCAAAUUUUUUUGAGAGGAGAGAUAACCAACAAGAAAGGUUUCCCAUGCUGGUUUAGAAGAAAUAUACUUGCCACUGAGCAGCAUGUCAUGAGAGAGGAAAUUUGUUAUCUAGGUUUAGCUUUGAAAAUUGCUAUCAGUAAUGAAUAUUAUAACAUAGUACCAAUACUGUCUUUAAUGCUGCUUGUCUGAUGAGUGACAGGGAUUCUGAAGAGCUGGUGGAAAGCAGCAUUUGGAGCAAGGGAUGUUUUGAAAAGAAAAAAAUGGAUAAUGUGUGAAUGUAUAGAAAGCGAAGGUAGGAUGCUCAGGUUUUCUGCAUAGUUCUUAACUAAUCUUGUCUGUGGUUUGGUAUUGAUAACAUUAGCAUGGCCAAUUAUGCUAAGUACAUAAUAAAAUACUUAAAAAAAUCCUUAAUGGCACUGGUUAGGUCAGUGAUAUAACUGUUUGACUUAAUUAUCACAAUUUCCCUGUUGGUAAUCUUACCUUGGAAACUAUAACAUAUAUCUAUAUUUAAGUAAGCCAAUGGCUUGGCCCUAAGUUAAGGAUUUUCUAAGUGGCGUUUAGUUAUGUACCCAUAAACAUUGAUUUAAAAAAAAAAAUUCAGUAAUUAUUUGAUGGAUAACAAAAAGCAUCUAUCACCAACAUUGCUUGUUUAUGUAAUGCUCUGCUAUAAUUUGGCUUGCCAUGCCAAUCUUAUGCUUAACUUUAAUUUGAUGCAAUUUAAAUAUAGCAGGAAGCAAAAUAUUUUAUUAUGAAAUAAAUGCCAUAUUAGUUAGUGGAGAGAAGUGGCAUUAGCUAUUAAUGGCAUGGCUCUAACUACAGUAAUGGAUGAGACAGUUCUAAUUCCAAGUGUAAUUUCUUUUUUGUUUAUUAAUCAUGAAAAUGGUGAAGUGGGGCUGACAUGUAAUGUUUUCACAAGUGAUGUGAGGGAAAACUGAAAAAGAAAGUAAUAUAAAGUUAAAUCAGUAAUAAUGGUGAUGAUGAGGGAUGUACUAUAACUAUUCUCAAGACUAUUUGGUAUCAUGAAGUUUAAAAACUAACUUUUUCUUUCUUUCUCUUUGUGACAUUAGGACAAGGGUUCUAUAAUUUCACUGUAAGAAUCACCUGGGGAAUUCAUUAAAAGUGCAGAUUCGGGAUGGCCAGUUAGCUCACUUGGGAAAGUGUGGUCCUGAUAACACCAAAGUCAAGAGUUCAGAUCCCUGCACAGGGCCAGCCACCAUAAAAACCCCAAAACAAACAAAUGCACAUUCAGGGCCAUGCCUUCAAUUUUGAUUUAGUAGGUCCUAUAAUAAAGCCUAUGAAUUGCCAUUUUAAGCAGUAUACAAGGUAGUUCUGAUGUAGGUCCAAGGAUUCUAAUUUACAGCAACACUAGGUUAUAGGUUUCUCCUCAAUUAGACCAGCAAAUACCUAAGCAUCUGGGCUCAGACUAAAAUAAAGGCCUAUAUGAACCUAGACCUCUGGUCAGAGAAGAACAGGACUUAUAUCUUCAUCCUCUGAAAUUAAAUCUGCUAUACUCCAUCUAAACUAACUUAAUUUUUCAUGAAGUUAGACAAGUGUUAUACAGAAUGAAGUACUGCUACCAAUCAUAUAAAAUUUAUGACUGUGAUUUAAAG